CAAAGAUCUCCAUGUCGAACAAAACGAACACGCCCUCCGACUCCAGAUCUCAAGAACCUCAUUAACCAUUGACACUCAAAACCCUCUGCCUCAAAACAAAACCACCGUUAGAAAUGGAGGAUAAAGGAGACGAAUCUGAUACAGAUCGAGAUCCAAAGAUCGAUCCAGAGUUCAUCGGCUGCCUUCUUCAACCUCCGACCGCCCACAACGACCCCAAUUACGUCGGAAUCCGGCGACUCCUACUUUCUCGAAAGAAUCAGAUCCAAACACGCAAGGAAUGGAGAUGUAAUGGAAAAGGAUAUGUGGCAUAUAGGAAUUUUAUGAGGAGGCCGAGGAAUUGGGAAAGUCUGGUUGCUCCGAGCUUGACGAGUACGCCUGGGCACAGUGGGCGUUGGGCUUCAUUCUCUAUUCCACAAUCCAUAGUAUUUGAGACAGGCAGUCGUACUUCUAGCAGGGAUUUAAGAAGUUUGAAUAAUUCUUUUGGCCAUCGUUCAAGUUUCAGCUCAAGUACAGGUGAUGCUGAUCGCCAAGCGCGAUUAGCUGAACCUGCAUAUUCCUUUGUUGGAAUGCACUCUAUCUUUGACAACUGCAAAGCUUCAGUUACCAUUUUGAAAUUUGGACACAUGAGUUCCGAUCUCCUUGCAUUUGGUGCAUCUGAUGGGAGCUUGACAAUAUGCCUCGUCUCUGAGUCACCUUCUGCUCUUCAACAAUUAAGAGGACAUUCAAAAUCCAUAACAGAUUUUGAUUUUUCCUCUAAUAAUCAGUAUAUUGCUUCAUCCUCAAUGGAUAAAACUGUUCGGGUAUGGGAGAUAUCUAAGGGCCACUGCAUUCGUGUAAUAUAUGGAACUUCUUCGCAGUUAUGCAUCCGCUUCAACCCGGUGAAUAAUAACUUGCUAUUGGUUGGCAAUGCAAACCGAGAAAUCAGUGUGAUAAAUUUUAGCACGGGAAGGGUUAUUAAUAAAGCUCUUUUUGGAAAUGAGAUAACAGCAAUGGAUAAUGCUCACACUGGUCAGCUUACUUUUGCUGGUGAUACACAGGGAUGCAUAUACACUGUUAGUGUGAACACCCAUAAAGGGUCAAUAUUCAGGUCCCAUCAGAAUAGAAGUAGCAGGAGCAGGUCUCCAAUCACAACCAUAGAGUAUCGUACUUUCUCUCUUGUUGUACGAGGUCCUGUACUACUUGUCUCUGCUCAAGAUGGAACCCUUUGUUUCUUCAGUGUUGCUUUGGAGGUACAAGGAUAUUUGACUCUCCUGUGCUCGCUUAAAUUAGCUCCCCGUGUGCACAGUAUACGAGCUUCUUUUUGUCCCCUACUUUCCCUUGAAAAAGGAGAAUUCGUAGUUUCUGGCAGUGAGGACUCGAAUGUUUACUUCUAUGAUUUGACUAAACCAAAGCAUGCAUGUGUAAAUAAGCUACAGGGACAUGGUUCUCCAGUCAUUGGAGUUGCCUGGAAUCAUGGGGAGAACUUGCUGGCCUCCUCUGAUUCUGAUGGAACAGUGAUUGUAUGGAAACGAGCAAAGACAAGUUAAUACUUUUUCAUAACGCCCGCAAAAGCUUUGUUUUCUUCCUCACAGGGAAAAUGAGAAAUUAUUUUCAGAUUCAGAUUUGGGCAUUAUUCUUUAGUUGCACAGGUUAGAUACCAAGUAGACAUACUACAUGUUCAUUCAGAUGUAUACUAUAAAGCCAUUGUUCCGUUUCCCCCUUCAAGACUUGAAUCAGUGUAGAGUAAUGUUGUAUCAAAUUUUGUUAUUCUUUUAUUCUCUUUCUGCAAGUCUUGUACUAUUAAUUAGCGCUGUAUUUCCAACAAACAUAUCAAUAUGCAAUAAUAAGAAAUCCAUUGGACAUGUUGAAUCAUGCAUUUUCUGUUA